UAGGCAAAAUAAAAUAAAAUGAUAUCAUUAAUGUCAAUCCUUCCCCCCUCACUCUUUAAAUUCUAGAGAAGAGUAAAUUAAUUACCUAAUUAUUCCUCUCCAUCUUUGCUAAUUAACAAAAUCUAGGGUUUAUAAUUUCACCACAACUACUGUUUGUUUAUUUCCCCAUUUUUGAAUUCUUCUUAUCUUCUAGCAGGCUAAUAUUCAAGGCAAGUACUACAAAAGACUAGCAGGACGGAAGUUUAGAUACUCGACAGCAACUUCUGAGAAUGAGCCAAGAAGCUAUUCAAGGGAACAGCUCCUAUGGUGCAGUAACUCUUCCUGUCAAGCGGGGGCGAGGACGGCCACGCAAGGAUAGCAACCUAAAGCGUGUAAAAACUGCUCAUUUUCCAUCAGGGAUUAAACAAACAAAAGAGAUCCGACCCCAACAAGUAGAUACGGUUAAUGUUGCAAAUGAUGAAAUGAUAGGUCAGGCUGUUACAGGUGUUGUCGAAACUGCAUUUGAUGCUGGUUAUUUUCUGAAUGUUAGGAUUGGCGACUUAAAUUUCAGGGGUGUUGUUUUUAAGCCGGGGCAUUUUGAUCCUGUCACAGCAGAAAAUGAUGUGGCACCACAUGUUCCGAUGAUUAUAAGGAAUGACAUUCAUCUACCCAUUAGAAACCAAAUUCAGGUACAUGGCCAUAAUCGGAGGCCUCAGCUAAGUUUAUCGGCUCCAACAACAGCUCCUCCUUCUGGCCAUUUGGUGGGAGCCUGCAGUGCUGUUGUUCCUGUUGUCCUUCAACCUGUCAACCCGACCAAUGGAUUUCCACCUACUACACAAGCUCCUCCAGAUUCAUCCCAAGCUGCUCAUAUGACAGCUGCUCUAAAGGAGAGAAGUUUGCCAACCAUUGCUCCCUUGGCUACGCUGCCACCUGAUGGAUCACUUAUUGAAAUGACCAAUGGCGUUGAGGCCUCUCAUAAGUUGUCAGCAGGGAACUUGAAUGUGGUCGUGGAACGAGAUAUUGGCGACAUGAAUGAGCCUCCUUCUAUAGAAACAAGCGAUUCUAUGGAUUCCCCUCUUCCCAUCUCUGUUUCAAAACCAUUGAUGAAUUACGGGAUUGGCAGGAUGACAGAGCUUUUACAGGCAGUGCAGGAAAAUCUGAUGGAGAACCAGGUGCUUCAUGGCGAAGAGCUUAUUAGAACGAGGAGUCCAAACACGGAUGGUUAAAGAGAGGAAUCAAAAGUGAUAUCUGAUUUCUCGCAUCCCUUAGCUCGGAGAGACCUUGACAACACUCAUACGGAUGUGGUUCAAUUUCUUCUGAAGUUGUACCUUGUCUUCUCCAUGGAAUGACACAUCCGGGGCGAAAAAAGACCAGAAAAUGGUCAAGGUUGGGAAUCAAAAGCUCUUAUGUUUAGCAUUUAGAGGGGUCAUUGUUUUGUUACUUUCUUAAUUUGUUCUUUAGGUGAUGUGAUGAAGAAAUUGUCUAAAAUGCUACUUU